AUGAUCGCGCUAUUUCUCUUCUUUAUCAUCCAAUCUACAAUCUACGCUGAGGUUGUGGUAGACAAUAGGAUCCCAGAACUGCGGGAUUUUGCGAAGGGCGAUAGCCGCGCUGAAGACAAUCAUGUGGUUCGGACGGAGACCGGACCAGUACGAGGCUUUAAGAUGCAGGAUGCAGAUAUUAUACAAUAUUUCGAUAUACCGUAUGGAACAUUUGACGCGACUAACCCGCUGCAGGAACCGAGCGGCGCGGCACCCUGGACAGACGUUCUUGAAAAUCAACAGCACGUGAAGCGAUGUCCGCAAUUAAAAUCUGACGGAACAUUUAUGGGCACAGCAGACUGUUUGACGUUGAGUGUAUUCGCACCUAAAACAGCGGAAAACGUGGAAGUCCUAUUUCACAUUCACAAUGGAGACUUCAUUUCAGGAAGCGGAGAUCCUGACGUGUACAGCCCCAAACAGUUAGUCCCAGAGGGUGUUAUUCUUGUUCUGCCAAACUACAGAAUCGGACCGUUAGGCUUUAUAUGUAUUCAAGAUAAAACUGUACAAGGUAACGCUGGCCUUAAAGAUCUGACAUUAGCACUCAAUUGGGUCAGGAAAAAUAUAAAAGCAUUCGGUGGAAACGCUUCCAAUAUAGUCGUCAGUGGAUCCGGGAGUGGCGGAGCUUUGGUUGACUAUCUUUUGAUUGCGAACGAGACAAAAAAUUGCAUCGCUAAAGCGAUAACGGAGAGCGGUUUCGCCUUAUCGCAUUGGGCUAUAGAUAGACACCCGAUGAAGUCUGCCGAUAUAAAUUUAACGAUAAGUCAAGACAUAGAAUCCUUCGUAAAAAAUUACAGCGACGUAACUUUGAAGCCCUGCAUAGAAAGCGAAGGAGGUUUGAUAGUUAAAUCCUUCUGGGCAUCUCUAAAAACGCUAAAUAUUAGUAUACCAGUUAUGAUAGGAUCUGCAAACCACGCCGGCAUGCAGUCUGUGCUGCGGCUGGAUGAGGAAAACGUAUCUUUGAUUAAUGGAGACUUGUCACAGCUACUACCGAACGAUUUAGCAUUGGGCGAGCAAGAUAAAAAUGAGAUAAGUAAUAGAGUGAAAUCGCAUUAUUUUGGUAAUAAUAAUAUAACAAUUAAGGCGAUGGAUAAACUCUCACUUUGUUUUACCGACUUCGGUUAUUUAAGCCCCGGCAUCCGACAGGCAAGGGCGUUAACUAAAGCGGGCGCUACGGUUUACUUUUACGAGUUUUCAUAUACAGGGAUUCCGUCAACAGGAAAUGUGCAGUGGAAACCGUUCGGUUCAAAUGUUGAAAAAGAGGAAUGCUUGGAAAUAGGCACAGAAUUAAAACUGUUGGACAACCUGCACAUGCAAUUAUUUAUUCGAGUUGUUGGUCGAAGUGGCGUGGUGCCGCGACACUGGGACGUCAGCACUACGCAGGGGAUAGUUAGGGGGUAUUACAAGCCCAACCCCCCGCAUUUCACCUUCCUCGGUGUGCCCUACGCCCGCUCGCCCACUGGUUACGACAGGUUUAAGGCGCCAGAGCCACUUCUAUCAUGGGACGGUAUAUUCGAAGCGACAUACCAAGUAAAGUGCCCCCAGUCAGACCUCUCGGGAACCGAGGAUUGCCUGGUGGUCAACAUUUUCAUUCCAGCUGUUAAUCAGACCAAUAUGCCUGUGAUAAUGCAUUUUCACGAUGGACACUUCCAAAGCGGCUGGGGUGCAUUUCACGCACCGCCCCACUUUUUAGAGCAAGAAAUAAUCGUGGUAACAUUUAACCACCGCAUUGGCGCUCCCGGUUUCCUCUGCUUACGUUCUCCAGGGGUGCAAGGAAACGCGGGGCUGAAGGAUCAGAUAGCCGCCCUCUACUGGGUGCAUCGCAACAUAGCGCAGUUCAGAGGCAACCCUGAAGACGUCACAGCCUACGGCACUGGUAGUGGGGCUGUAUCAAUAGAACUGCUACUGCUAUCUGGAGCAAGUGACGGUCUUUUCCAAAAGACCAUCCUAGAAUCAGGAUCAGUGUUAGCACCGUCGUCAAUGACCUAUAACCCUAUUUUGCUAGCACUAGAUAAUGCGAAGGAACUAGGCUACAAAAGCGACGAGGAUCUAAACAAUCUACAAACGUUUUUCCAAAAGCUAACAAUACAUAGACUUGUUAAUGCAUCCACAAAAUGGUUGCCGUGUUUGGAAAAGAAUUCUAAACAGGCCCUGAUAUAUACCGAUCCAUUGCAUGUAUUAACCAGUGGAAACUUCCGGCACAUUCCCAUGAUGUUGGUGUACAGUAAUUGCAAACAAAUUGACGUAGUAGAGAACAAUAAGCCUAGAUUCAGAACAAUUCCUGUGAAUUUCGAUCCACUCCUACCAAACAAUUUGGACAUGGAUAAUAUGAUUGACAAACAAAAAGUUGGCAAAUACACCAAAAAAUUCUAUUUUCACAAUUCCGAAACCCCGGAGGGUGUGUUACAAAGCUUCAUAGACUAUGUCAACGAUGUAUUUAUCGAGUAUCCAUUGGUAAAAUCUGCAGCUUAUUAUGCAAACAAGAACAUCCAUCCAGUUUUUUUAAUGAAGUUCACUUAUAAGAUGAGAAAUGAGAGUCUCAGCUGGGAAGCUAGACACGGAGACAUAUUCCAGUUUGUCUUUAUGGACUUACAUUGGGAAAACCCAAAAAAUAUUGUAGCUGAUAUUUUGAGGAAAUUGUGGAUAAACUUCGUAAAAGUUGGGGAUCCUACCCCCAUCACAACAGCUCUCAUACCAGAGGUGUGGGUUCCAAUUACAACUGAAAUAGUGGAGGGAACAAUUAAUUACAGACAGAUCAGCUACCUCGACUUUGGCAGGCACAUACAUAACAAGGAAAUAUCUACUCAGCAGUUCAAGUUCUGGGAUCAUAUUUAUAGCAAAUUUUAUAAACAUUAUUCCAAUUCUUAA